GUCGACCGCUCUGUGAGACAAUCGGAUGGCUCCCCAUCGCAUUGGACGACCAGUUGGAGGGUGAACGAUGGUGAGCAGCUGAUUGGUCGUGACCUCAGCAGCAGCCUCCGCAGGGCUCAGCCAGGCCUCAGCCAAGUUUCUGCUGGCUACCAUCAUUCGAUAUCGGAAACAAUUCCUGCGCCACGCGAUAGCUCCAGCCAGCCGGGACCAAUUCUCUUCAAGGACACAUGAGCGUUGUGCUUUGCAUUUGGGCCUGGGCUUCUACAAUCCAAAUGCGACGCUUUUUUGCGAGGGCCGACGUUUUAAGCAUUGAUUCUGAGAUGACAACGUCCAUCAACUUCCCUUGUAGCGACCACCACCUACAUGGCCUGCCGUGAUAUGCAUUGUCCACCUGAAGAAUAGUACUUCCGGCCUCCGGAGAUCUUCCGGAAUGGCAACGGAGAUGGCGAUUUUCGAAUGCUAUAAAGGAGAAAAUCGCGUAGGCGGACGGUUACGGUCUUCCAUGCGGUUCUCUCUGUCCCUCUUUGCGCUUUUAAGUGCCGCGGCCAGCAGAGUGCAGGCGCUGAGCUACCACGGUGCCGACUUUUCUUCGCUUAUCAAUCUCGAGAACUCGGGCACUCGAUACACGGAUGGAGGGUCGCCAGUAGCCUUCGAGACGAUCCUCAAGAAGCACGGGGCAAAUCUGGCGCGCAUCCGAGUGUGGACCAGUACCACCGAUGCGGGUUACAGCCUGAACUACGGGCUUCGGCUGGCCAAGAGAGCCCAUGCAGCGGGAAUGACUCUAAUGGUCGAUUUGCACUACAGCGAUACUUGGGCGGAUCCCGCCCAUCAGUCGAUUCCUACGGGGUGGCCGACUACUCUGUCCGGGCUGAACACCCAAAUCUACUCCUACACCAAGAAUGUGGUCACCUCCUUUGCGUCCCAGGGCACGCCUAUCACAUUUCUGCAGCUCGGAAAUGAGAUUAACAACGGUCUCCUGUGGCCCGUUGGACAGAUCUCUGCUCACGGAUACUCGCCUGCUUCGCAGCUGCUUCACUCCGCAGCCAGCGGCGCGCGGGCGGCCUCAUCCUCUGUGCGCACGAUGAUUCAUCUCGCCAACGGCUGGGAUGCGUCAGCCAUGUCCUCCUUCUACAAGCAGAUCUUCAUUCCUGGUCAGCUGGUCCCCGCUGACGUCGACUCGAUGGGAUUCUCUUUCUACCCGCUCUAUGGCCCUGGUGCGACGUUUUCCGCACUGAAGACAUCACUUCAAGGGCUGGUAAACAGCUACAGCAAGGACGUGAUGGUGGUCGAAACCAACUGGCCAGCAGCUUGCUCUGGAGUGAAGCUCAGUGAGCCGAUUGCCGUCUCUGCUGCCGGCCAGGAGACCUGGGUCAAGGACACUCGCACCAUCCUCCAGGGCAUCUCUGGAUCUCAUGGAAUCGGUCUCAUAUACUGGGAGCCCGGCUGGGUCGGAAAUGCCGCCCUUGGCUCUGGUUGCUCGGACAACCUGCUCGUCGCCUAUCCUGGAGCGACGCGCAGCUCGAUCAACAUGUUCGCUAAUGACAUGUAGGGUCACAUACCACAUUACAUACCCUAUCUAUAUAAUACAACUAGUAAUCGCGAGCGGGAAUGAAACUUGCAAUUC